GGGGGGGGGAACCCACAACACUCGGGCAGCCCGCCGUCCGCUUACGCGGAAUAUUGUCCCGGGUAAAUUGCAACGCCGGCCGCUCCCCGCCGUGCUUUUCCCGCCGCUUUCGCACGCCGGCCGCCGCGGGAUUUUUGCUGGAGUCGGGCGAGCGGGGCAGCCGGUUGCAAUCGGCGGGUUUACCCCUGGUGGCUGGGCCGGGCCCCCGGAUGUUGGCGCAGGGAUACCUGCCCGCCUCACAAUGUGAUAAUGUUGAAGAGGGUAAAUAUGUCGGCCGCUGGGAGUGCAUUUGUUACAGUGCAGCAGCGUCUGGGGGCAUUUCAAUGAGAUAGUCCUUAAAGUUUGCAGGGGUAUCUCAGUGUCUGCAAAGGGGGCAGGGUGACUGUAGCUUUGGAGGGCGCUGAAAUCCCGCUUCCCUUACAUUUAAUGUUGGCUCUCGGAUGCUCACCGAAGAGGGGUGUUUUAAUUUGUCAAAAUGAAUCCUCAGCAGCGAAUGGCAGCCAUAGGGACGGACAAAGAGCUCAGCGACUUGCUGGAUUUCAGUGCGAUGUUUUCCCCGCCUGCCUCUAAUGGAAAAAAUCGACCAACCACGUUAGGAAGCAACCAGUUUGGGGGAACAGGCUUGGAUGAGCGAACAGGUGCUGGUCCAUGGGCAGGAAGUGGACAAAACAGUAGUCCAACCUACGAACAACCAAGGAGUUACGGCGAAGGUUCCCACUACAGUGAUCAUGCAUCGAACAGAGAGUUGUCGUCAAAUGAUGGCAUUUCUUCAUCAUCCUUCAUGAACUCUGGCCUUGUUGUGAAAAAUGCUGAGAGAGUUACAUUUCCACCAUUUGGAAGAGAAUCAACCAUGCCAGCAUUAAAUCAGGGAACUUUUCUGAAUUCUGAAAUGGGAAUGGCCAAUUCGGGAACAAUGUCGCCAACUGGAGUCAAACCUGGCUCCCAGUAUUACCCCUUUGCCAGCAAUCCUCGCAGAAGACCAGUGCAAGAACCAAGUAAUCUGGAAUCCCAGCCCAAGAAAGUACGAAAGGUGCCUCCUGGCCUCCCUUCUUCGGUCUACGCAUCAACAUCAAGUGAAGAAUACAGUAGAGACUCAGCUGGGUAUUCUUCAUCCAAACCUUCAGGUUCUGUAUUUCCAGGCUCUUUCUAUAUUCAAGAUGGUAUUCACAACGGUCCCGAUGUCUGGAACUCGUCCAGUGGAAUGGGUCAGCCAAGUUAUGGAGGUUUGAUGGGAAAUACUACAACCCAUUUGUCUCAAGCGGGUGGCUACAGCAACCUUCAUCCACAGGAGCGCCUGGGCUAUCCAAUACACACUGUGCCAUCAACAGAAGUUAACGGGAGUCUUCCUUCUUUGUCGGGUUUCCACUGUUCCAAUAAUGCAGGUUCAACUGCGUACGGCGUCUCAUCUCACACACCGCCAAUCAGUGGGACAGAAACCAUCAUGACUAAUAGAGGAAGCUCAGCUGGCAGCCCACAAACCUGUGAUGCGCUGGGAAAGGCUCUAGCUUCGAUCUAUUCACCAGAUCAUACCAGCAAUAACUUCCAUUCAAAUCCAUCAACACCAGUUGGCUCCCCACAGGCAAUUGCAGGUACCGGUCAGUGGUCUAGAACUGGGGGCCAAGGUGCGUUGUCACCAAGUUAUGAAGGGACGCUACAUAACCUGCAGCAGAAUAAGAUGGAAGAUCGGCUAGACAGACUGGACGAUGCCAUUCACGUGCUGCGAAGUCACGCUGUUGGAUCGGCAACAGCCAUGCCUGGUAACCAUGGUGACUUGCAUGUAUUAAUAGGACCGUCGCACAAUGGCCCAGUUGGAGGUAUAAGCACCGGAUUUACACCCCCAGUCCUGCUGCCAGCCAACCGACAUUCUAUGGUUGGACCUCAUGAAGAAGGCUCUGGAAUCUCUAACAACCCUAGUGUUCUGCCCAACUGUGUACUGCCAUCACAGUCCACUGCACUGUCAGACCUUAACCGGCCUCAAGAAACUUACAGUGGAAUGACCAGUGGUCUGCAGAGAUCAAAUGCUAGUCAGUCUACUGCGGAUAUAAAACGAGAAGAGAAAGAGGAUGAUGAGAACCACAAUUCCUCGGGUUCAGAAGAGAAAUCAGAUGAUGAGAGGAAAGAUUCCAAAAUGUCAUCAAGGGCAUCAAGAACAAGUAGUCAAGAUGAUGACGAACACCUUCUCCCAGAGCAAAAAGCAGAAAGAGAGCGGGAGAGGAGAGUAGCUAAUAAUGCUCGUGAACGCCUUCGUGUGCGUGACAUCAAUGAGGCCUUCAAGGAACUUGGACGCAUGUGUCAACUCCACCUUAACAAUGACAAGCCACAGACAAAACUGCUUAUUCUCCACCAGGCUGUGUCAGUCAUUCUCAACUUGGAACAACAAGUCAGAGAACGUAAUUUGAAUCCUAAAGCUGCCUGCCUUAAACGAAGGGAAGAGGAGAAGGUAUCUGCAGUAGUAGGAGAACAGCCACUGCCUCUUUCAGCUGCACAUCCUGGUCUGGGAGAUAAUCACAAUACAGUGAGCCACAUGUAGGAGCUCCGUCUGCCUGGUUUAACUGAAGGUGGUGAGCAAGAACGACACAUCAUCUGUCAUCUUUCUCCUUGAGGAAGAAACCUUGUUCUGCCAAAAAAAAAUGAUAAACUGACAAAUCCUUUUUCUGGAUCAGAAUUGCAAAUGCGAACAUGUGCAUUUGCCAUAUCUGUCUAAAAAGGGGGGACGGUCAAUGCAUAUCAUUUGAAGUACUGGAUCUCUGUGCUGCAAAAGGUUUUUUUCUACAGCCCAAAGGGGGGGAAAAACCUUCCCCACAGUGGAAGAAAGGAGUUAGUGCCUGAGCUUAUGUUAAAUCCCAGUAUGUUUUAAUGAAACUUACAAGGAUGCGAGGUUGUUUUGGAACAAAAUUUCAGAAGUCCUUUUUUUUGCUUGUUUUGUAAGCAAUUGGUCUUAUUGUUUAAAAAAAAAAAGAAAACUUUUGAUGUCCUUGGUUUGCAGCAUUCCCAGAAAAUAAUAUUUGUCUUACUUAUUUGACACAUGACCACUCCAUGUCUCCCUAGUAGUUGGCUGGGGGGUGGGAGGGGAUUGUUAGCCAACGGACAAAAUAUUCUACAGACCUUCUCUGCCCUGCCUUUACGAUCAGGUAAAUCUGGAGGGCCAACAUGAGUGCAUUACAAAAGCUAGUUCAUUCAUUUGUAGGGAGUUAUUUUAUGUAAAAUGAGCAAAACUAUAUUUUUGCAUUAUUAGACUUUACAUUGUAGUUUUUUAAGGUAGCUGGACAUAGUGUGUACUCAGAACUUGAAAGGUCUUUGAAGACUUUCAAAUUGCAGUAAAUAAUGCUGCAGAUUCUAGGUAUUGUAUGACCAUAGGUUUGUCAUGGACUUGUUCAAGAGUGGGGAAAGUUCCCACCUUUUUGUAGAUUCCUGCACAAUGUAAUGUUCAAAUGUUUAAAAUUCAUAUGAAUUGGUUGUGGAAUCUAAUACGGAUGUGAGCAACUUGUGUAACAGUGGCUUGCCUUAUGCCAAGCUGAAUUCAUUUCUACAGCAGCCUGCGUACUGUGGAAACGAACCCAUUGCAAAUAAAACACGGAAUCAGUCUUCCACUGAGAACAUAUUCACAGACUUUCACCAGCCAAGCAGAAGACACAGUACCUUUGACAUAACUUUUUUUAUUUUUAAAAAAAACAAAAGAUGUGAACAAGUGGAAAACGGACAAAACCGUGGGACUGAAUGAACAAAAUUUUUGACAUUUGAGGGUAAAAUGCCUGACAAAAUGCCUGACAUUUCUAGAACUGCAUUAAAUACUGUGCAGUGACAUUUCUCAGCUCAUUUUGAGUAUUGCAGAUGUAUGUAAUAGUUAAAAAAAAAUUACAUGUGGCCUUUUCAUUCUUGUACUUGUGAUGCAAUGUGGACAGAAUGAAAAAUGACCAGUGCCUAACAUUUCAUUAAAAGCCUCUUUUUUUGUCUAGUGCUUUUUUUGCUAAGAAAAGACUUGCAGUAUACCCUUACAAAGUGAAAUUUAAGGAAAAAAAGUUGGCUUAUUUUCACAACAGCGAUCCUUUUAUACCAUAAAUCUUGAAAAUGUCUUGGAUUCCGAAUGUUACUUUUUGUAGAUUUUUACUCAAUGUCUGAUUCCAGAAGUUUAUUUUACUACAUGUAGGUAAAGCUUCUUCUAGCACCCAUACAGUACUUAAAUGUUGCACAAUUAGAUUUCUGAUUGUGUUGCUGAGUGCCUCGAGUUCCUUGUGUUUUUUUUUGUAUUUAUACAAGCAUCAAAACAGCUGGCUGGAGUAUUCAGAAAAGUAGUUUAAACCAUUUCCUUUUGUCUUAGUAGUUAAUGAGAACUGUCAUGUAUAUAACAGUAAUGUAGCAAUAAAUGUGCCAUUUUUAUAACAGGAAUGCCCCUCCUUUUUAAUGUCCGUUUAAUCUUGUAUACCCAAUGUCAUUGUAAUAAAGGGUUUACCUUAAAUUU